CCCCUUUUUUACCUGGAACUUUAACCGCAGACAUGUAUCUGGAAUUAUUAGAAAACGCCAUUUAUCCAGCAUUACUAGAGUUGAUUAAGAAUGACGAUCAGUACAUGGCAAACAACUUAAUAUUCCAGCAAGACGGUGCGCCAUCCCAUUUUGCACUGACUGUUCAUCAGUAUUUGGAUCAAACGUUUUCAGGUCAAUGGAUCGGAAGAAGAGAAAGUAUUGAGUGGCCCCCACGGUCUUCGGAUCUAACCUUGUCGGAUUUUUAAUGAGGCCACUUAAAACCUAACAUUUAUGCCACCCAGUCAACAUUACUGGAAAAUCUGUGACAAAGGAUAAUUGAUGAAUGUCAUCAAAUCACCCCACAGAUGCUUUAGAAUGUCCAGGGUCAGCAUUUCCAGCAUUUACUCGAAUAACUGGUGAGCUUUUA